AUGAAGUUACCUGUAUUUGCACAGAUACUAUGCUUCAAAAACCCCGGAGACCCUGGCUAUACAAUGGUUAAAGUAGAUAAGGGGAACAUCAAGUUCGACACUGCACGAAACAUUACUCUCGAAGAAUAUAAAAAAAUUAUUGGCGAACUUAGAGGAGCUGCUAGCAAAGCUGCUCAAGCUCGCCAUUUACAAAACAAGAUUAAGAACAGAAGAACCUUUCAAUGUCCUGCCCCUUUUAAAAUUGAGGAGCCCCGCGAUCAAAUGAUUUGCCAGGUGGCACACACUCAAACUGAAACAGGGGUGUGUGAUGAUUCCACCUUGGAAGACCUGCUCAACAUUUCUUUAGGAAAUCCUUUAGUGGAAUCACCACAGGACGCGGAUUUUUCUACUCUUGGUAACGACUUUCAAGAUUUUGAACUAGAUCCUACUCCAGAUGAUCAGUCAACCGACGAAGAAUUUCCGGAAUACUUUUAG